AUGGCGCCGCCAAAUGGCUCCUCCAAGCCUCGGAAGGCUGGAGCCAGCAAGCAGUUGACCAAGCCUGUCAUGCCAGCGCUGCCUCUGCCGUACGUGAAGCGCCAGGCGGCGGCGGCGGCGGCGGCGGCGGCGGCUGCUUCGAAUCCCACGCCCCCGCCAUCAUCGUCCCCCGAGCCCAGCGUCGAGAAGCACCAGGUCAACAGAGAGGGCAGGGGCGACGAGUGGCAGUUGGCCGAGACGAAGCUGGGCGAUGUGAAGCAGCCGAAGGUCUCGAGCGCGGAUGCGGUGACGAACGGAUCGGGGCCAAUCGACAUGCCGGCGACGGGUGGGCAGGAUUUUACUACGAACGGCAAGGCAGAAGCAGGCGAGCCCGCCACCCAGAACGCCGUCUACGGAUCCGCCAGGAUGCAGGUGGUUGGAAACGUGGCCCAACAAGCCGUAGACCUUGACGGCCCGUCGGAGACGCCCAUCGCCGUCAACGGCGUCGACCACGACGGCCACGGGCAGAGAUUUGACGCCGGCAAGUUUCCCCGCCUUCAUGUCUGGCAUCACCGCCUACUGACUCCCAGCAAAGCUCCGUACUACCCUGCCAAGGUGGCCAAGCAUCCUCCGCCACCCGCCGUCUCGCCGACCCGCUACCAGAUGCCUCCUCCUUUCCUGCCUGCCAACCGGCCGAUGGGCAGCCUGGCAAACGGAGACAUGUCUCGUGGCCCGCUCCCGCAUCCCCCCAACCCUCCGCACCACAUGCAUCAGUCGCACGCAAGCAAUGGAAGCAUUCACUUUGGCACCUUCCACGACUCCGAGAGCUCGUCUCCUGCGCCGCCACACUCUGGAGGCAUCGCGCCGCCACCCGGAAUCCCUGGCCCCGACGGCCGCCCUGCCUACAUGGGCCAUGCCAGCAACGGAUUCCCCCCGAUGAUGCCUUACGGUGCCGACAUGAUGCAGGCAGCCGGCUUUGACAACUAUGGCCGCCCCCCGAUGGCGUACGGCCCGAUGGAUCAAUACCCGCGUUACGGCAAUACCUUUGGGCACUCGACCCCCCACAGCUUUCACGGCUCGCAGUCGUCUGCCCAUCCGGAGGAGGGUGGCAUCUACGGCCAGUUCCCCCUCGGUGCCAUCCGCAACGGAGGCGUUCCGCCCGGCGAGGAGAUGCACGCGCAAGAUCUGCAGGGACGCAUUCUCUUCCCCGCCGACCACCCUAGGAUGAUGCACAGUCAGGGACCGCCCCCGAUGCUCCCACACGGCGACGAUGGCGACGGUGUCCUCGGGUACCUCCAGCAGGCGUUUGCGUCCCCGGAGCUCGCCGACUGUACGCUGGAGCUUCGGCACGCCGACGACGGCGCGAGCCCGGUUCGGAUCCCCGGUCACCGUCUCGUAUUCGGCCGAAGUCCCGAGCUGGCGGCUCUGCUUCGCAAGCAGGGUCUCCCAUCGGCCGCGCCUGACGGGUCCGCGCGGACUCUGCUCGUUGAAACCGACGACAGGUGGGUGCGUUCCGACGCCUUUUACAUGGCCGUCCAACGUCUCUACGGCUUCCCGCUGCUUCAUCACGUCCCGCCCCACGGUCACGGCGGCGCCGAUUCGGCCGACGUGAUGCAGGCCGGCUCGGUCAACGAGCAGUUCCAGUUCGCCCUGUCGUACGCCGCCGCCGGUCGUCUCCUCGACUGGGCUCCCGUCAUCCACCGAGGCUGCGACGUGGCGACGCAGCUGCUCAGCUGGCAGACGAUGGAGAAGGGUCUCGAGUUUGCCCUCGACGGCUGCAAGGACGACGGCACGCACGAGUCGUUCAGGUACGGAGACGGGUCGCGAGCCAUCCUGAACGCCGUCGUCACCUACGUGGUCCACAACCUCCCGCCCAGCUUCAACCUGGACACGUCGGCCGACGAGCCCUCGCACUACGCUCGGCUGCCGAUGCACCUUCCUCCGCCUCCCACGGCCGCGCCGGCGGCGACGAGUGCCUCCGAGCCGGCGAUUGCGAGGGGAACGUCGGUGCAGCUCGGCAAGGGCCGGCGAUCGCAGCAGAUCAACAACAUUCAGUUUGGCGACCUCCUGCUCUCCGAGGACAGGGCUGCGUUGGAAUCCGAAACGCCAAAGGCCACCAGACAGGCGCAGCCGGUGGCGCACGCCAUCCUGUCCCGCGUGCUGCUCAACCUGCCGUUCAUGCAGCUCAAGAUGAUACUGGAAUCGUCCGGGUCCGGCAACGUCAACGGGUGGGCGAACACCGAGACGCGGUACGGCAUCGUCAAGCGUGUUGUGGAAGAGCGCGAGGCUCGUCGCCUUCGAUUGCUCGAGGCGGUCGCGAGCGGGCGUGUGACGGUGCGCGAGGCCAUCAGAACGGGCCUUCGGCGACCCAUGCCCCACGACAUGGGCCGCUGGGGCGCCCUCGGAUGGCAGGAAGAGAUUCUUCCGUACGGCAUCAACGACGGACCGUCUCUCGGCCGCACUUGGGUUCCGCUGAUGGAGGUGCAGAACGGGUCGGCGGCCGACUAUCCGUGA